AUGACUCUUCGGCCGGAUCUUCAGCUCCUGCUGCUGCUGGCAGUUGCAGGCAAAGCGGCUGACAGCUUUCCGGUGGAUUGCAGAGCCGACGCUGGUCUGCCUAGGUGCUUAGAUGAAUUGGCAGCGCUGGGCCUACGCUUUGGUGAAACCUUCCACUUGGCCCAGAGUUGCGGUGACGAAAACCCGGUGCUGACGCUGCUGACGGAGCCGCAAAGACUGCCGCCUGGCCGGAUCCGCCAGCUUCUUCAGCACCAGGAAGCAGAUGCACCGCCCGGCAUUUCUCUGCUGCGACUUGCUGUGAUGACAUCGCAGCGGGUAGCCACUCGAUUUCUCGAGGUGGCAGCAGGCCACGGCUUCGCCUGUUUCGCGCAAGCGGCCUGUGCUGAACCACCAGCCGCUGCAGAUGCGCUUGCUGCAGCUGGUGAGGAGCUUCUUCUUGCUAUGGCCCAGCUGCUCCAAAGCGCGGCAGAUGUGCCACAGAAGGCUCCAUGGCCGACCGGCUUACGAGGACCGGCUUCCGCCAUUGCCCGCUGGGGCUUCGACCCCAGGCAUUUGGAUUUCACGAAGUCUGUGCGAGAUGCACUGGAGACGGACAGCUUCCAGGCACCCGUCGCAGCUACUUCGGCCCUGCAUGACUUGACCUUGCGUGUCGCAGCAGCGGGCUGCGCACUUCAGGCAGAGCUCUUGGCUUUUGCGACCGUCUCCGAUCUACUGGGGAUGCCUCUUGUACAGAGGCUGCCACAGCACACACUGCCUCGCUUCGAGUUUCAUCCAGAGGGCUGCUGCCGUCGCUAUCAUGUGCUGGCGGACCUCCUGGGACCCCGAAUCGAGCGAGGCCCAGUGAGGCUACUUGAAGUCGGGGUAAACAAUGCCCUCACUUCGGAGUUCCUCCUCAACAAGUUCGCCAACCUCGAGUUCGACGGCGUCGAUCCAUACUUUGGUGUCGAAGACAUCUACGUUGAGGCCACUGCGCGGCUUCAGCGCUUUUCCGACAGGUCCAGGCUCUGGCGACGCACCUCUGCGGCCGCCGCGUCGGAGUUUGAACCGGCCACUUUCGACAUCGUCUUCAUCGAUGGCGAUCACAGUCAUGACGCCGUAGUGGAGGACCUCCGGAUAUGGCGGAGCCGUGUCCGGCCUGGUGGGUUGUUGGCAGGACACGAUCUCUUCAAUUUGGCCUUCGAGGGCGUUCUCGAGGCUUUGGUGGAGGUUCUGGCAACACGCGAAGCGCCCGAGACGAUCCACUUCAGUCACGACUUCGUUUGGUGGCUGCAGCUGUGA